AUGGACUCUGGAGCUCUCCGUUAUGUGGCUGAUUCGAAACUUGUUCUCUCAAUAGCACCUCAAGAUCCGAUGAUCCUGACUCCGGCGAUGAGAUCUGUAGUGUUGUUAACUAUUCCUCAGGCGCCGAAACCACCGGUCCCUCCAGAUUCACCAGAUCUAUCGACUGCAUCACCAUCUCAGCUUUCUUCCCUGCCCCAUCACGAAGAUUGCUCGUCUCCCUUGCUGGUGAAGGGAAUCCGGUCGUUUUGGUCGCCGGUGAAGAAAAUCCGGCGAUCUUUGUCUCUGCAUCUGGUCCACUCAGAUUUUGAAUCUAUGGGAUUUGCCCAGUUUGUGUGUCAAAGUUCCAAAAUCGUUACAACAAGAGAGCCAAGUCCGAGUAUAAAUCCGCCGUGCAUCUCGUUUCUGGCGGUGGCUCGAAAGCUCUCCGUCUGUCUUACCGGAAAGUCUCCUCCCCUACUCCAAUCUGUAAGCUCCUCUCCUUUAGGUGACUUGUUGGGCCUGGUUGUUGAGGAUACUAUCGAGGGCUUAGCCCAUGGUGUCUCCUUAGGGGAUUUUAAAUCCAUAACCAUGCUAAGUUGUGUAAGGUCUUUAGUUCCUGAUGAGGACAUCGAACCACCAAGUCAAAUAAAGGAGAGGAGCUUACGAAUUGGAGUUCCUGGUGGAUAUUGA